CGGGUGCGGCAGCCCUAGGUGAGCCGAAUCUCUGUUCCCGCCGGCGGCGACGCCGGAGCGCCUACUCCCUCCAGCAGGUAACCGGCCCCGGUCGCGUGGCGCCGCCUCCGCGCAGUGUCAGGCGGGGGCGAGAACCGCGCGUGGAGACCCGGGGGACCCAGUGGCGGAGGGAGCCGGGGGCUCAGAUUAAUAUUAAAUUAGGAGUUUGUGUCUUUUGCUGGAUAUUGGAGACUGAAUGUAAUGGCAACAGAAUUUAUAAAGAGUUGCUGUAGAGGAUGUUUCUAUGGUGACCCUGAAAAGCAUAACUUAUCUGUGGAAAGAGACUUUAAAGCAGCAGUAUCAAAUAGUCAUGAUACUACUAUCUGUAUACCUCCAUUGACUUCUGUUUCUGUAAAGCCUCAAGUUGGCUGUACUGAGGAUUAUUUACUUUCAAAAUUACCAUCUGAUGGCAAAGAAGUACCAUUUGUGGUGCCCAAGUUUAAGUUAGCUUAUAUUCAGCCCAGGACACAAGGAACUCCUUCCCAUCUGGAAGAACUUGAAGGAUCUGCCAGAGCAUCUUUUGUAGAUCGAAAGGUAGAACUUUCCAGUUCAUCCCAGCAUGGACCCAGCUAUGAUGUAUAUAACCCAUUCUAUAUGUAUCAGCACGUGUCACCUGAUUUGAGUCGGCGCUUUCCUCCUCAUUCAGAAGCAGCAAGACUGUAUGGAUCGGUUUGUGAUUUAAGGACCAACAGACUUCCCAGUUCCCCUGGACUAAGCAAGUCUAUGUUUGAUCUUACAAGUUCAUCUCAGCGGUUCAUCCAGAGACAUGAUUCAUUGUCCAGUGUGCCCAGUAGUUCUUCUUCAAGAAAAAAUUCUCAGGGGAGUAACAGAAGCCUGGAUACAAUUACUCUAUCAGGAGAUGAAAGAGAUUUGGGGAGAUUAAACGUGAAAGUGUUUUAUAAUUCUUCAGUAGAGCAGAUCUGGAUCACAAUUUUACAGUGCAGAGAUCUAAGUUGGCCUUCUAGUUAUGGAGAUACUCCUACUGUUUCUAUAAAAGGAAUACUAACAUUGCCCAAACCAGUGCAUUUCAAAUCUUCAGUCAAGGAAGGCUCUAGUACUAUUGAAUUUAUGGAGACUUUCGUAUUUGCUAUUAAACUCCAAAAUCUACAAACUGUACGACUUGUGUUUAAGAUUCAAACUCAGACUCCCAGGAAGAAAACUAUUGGAGAAUGCUCGCUAUCACUCAGAACUCUUAGCACACAGGAAAUGGAUUACUCUCUGGAUAUAUCACCACCUUCAAAAAUUUCUGUUUGCCAUGCAGAACUUGAAUUGGGGACUUGUUUUCAAGCGGUAAAUAGCAGAAUUCAGUUACAAAUUCUUGAGGCACAAUACCUUCCAAGCUCAUCAACACCCCUGACUUUGAGUUUUUUUGUGAAGGUGGCAAUGUUUAGCUCGGGAGAGUUGAUUUAUAAGAAGAAGACACGCUUACUGAAAGCCUCCAGUGGAAGAGUAAAGUGGGGAGAGACUAUGAUUUUUCCACUUAUACAGAAUGAAAAAGAAAUUAUUUUUCUCGUUAAGCUUUACAGCCGAAGCUCUGUAGGAAGAAGACACUUUGUGGGGCAGAUUUGGAUAAGUGAAGACAGCAAUAACAUUGAAGCAGUGAACCAGUGGAAAGAGACAAUUACAAAUCCAGAAAAGGUUGUCAUCAAGUGGCACAGAUUAAAUCCAUCUUGAAGACUUUGCACAUUCAAUUGGUGAUGAACUUGACAUUCUUUUAGAAGACUUACAAUUUCAGUUUGCUGCCAACUGAGAAGAGACAAAUCAGUACAUUUGUCAAUUUAUUUAUGGAGGCCAUACCUACAGUAUAUAAUGAAUCUAUAUAGAAAACUAAACUUGAUUUUAAAAAAUGGGAUGAAUUAUAGCAGAUAGCCAAAAUAAUGGAAACGUUUUAAAGCCGUAGCAAAAUAGACAAUAAGAAAGAUGGAUAAUAUUACUAGGGCAACUAAAUGAAUUAUAAAAUCAAAGAGAAUAUCCACUGUAGAUAGUUACUACCAUGUUAUGUUUGUGGGUUUUGUUUUUUUUUUUAAAGCUUUGCCUAGAUAUCUCAAAAGCCAGUGUGUGCAGUCUCCGUUAGAAAUUUAGAAGGCUUUACCACUGCUUCAGUGCUAGUUAUUGUUGAUUAGGUCCUAACUCCACUGUUAACCCUCUUCAUACGUAUUUUCCCUCAGAAAGCAAAAACGAAUUGAACCACUUCAACUUUUCUGUGUUUGGGAAAUGUUUGUGCCCCGCGUUUAUCAUUUCUUACCCGUAGGGUAUCACAUUGGCCCUUUGUAACUAUUGAUCUCCAAGAAACUUCAGGUAUAGAAAAAUACAUUUUGGCACGAAUAAAUGAAAACAUCAGAAGGUUGAAGUUUAAUUGGAAAAACCUGGUUUACACACAUUUUGCUGUGUUUUCCUCCUUCAUGUCCUUUUUUGUUUCAACUGGAGUUGAAAUGAGAUCAUCAUCCAGAGGGCUCAUCCUAAUUAGCAGAAAUGAGUGAGCUUAAAUAGCAAAUUCAAUGCUUUAUGAUAAACACUUCCUUGUUUUUAGUUUUUAAAAUACAAAUUACUUGACCUGUAAUUCACAUCAUUAUGAUAUUUCCCCAUAUUUUUACAAUAAUCAUAUAAGCAAACAUUAUGUAGCAGAUAUUUUCUGUUGCAGUUUCUCUAAGGUACUCACUGUAACUCAGUAUGCAGGGAUAACUUCCGUGUAGUUGGUGAUACAAGCUCUGGCCAUGAAGCAGAAUUGUUUGGAGAAACAAAUAACACCUUCCCGAGCUUGGAAAAUACGACUUUGUUUUUGCCGAUAGGAAGCCUAAGUGCUUUUAUAUUCCAUUUUUCUUUCUCUUUUACCUUGUCCCACACGUGCCAAGAGAUAAAUGGUGAUAAUUGUAAACCGGAAGUAUACUUUGCUGUAAUGUAAGCAUGCCUUUCUCAUUCUAAUUAUUAUGCUCUGUGUAUCUCAUUGUGAUUUCCCCAAAUCAACACUAAUUCCCCUUUUCCUACAACCUCCUCAAGCUACAAAAUGUGCAUACUUUACAUGUCUUUUGCUUAUGCUGCCCAGAGUUUAUGGUGUACAGGUGAUGUUGACAGGUACUCUCUGGCACUGCAUUUUGAAGUAAUUUUUUUUUUUGAUUGUGAAAAAUGGCAUAUUGGUGAGUACUCACGUGGACUUUUAAGAGAAAUUACCUUGUGUGGUAUUUUUUGAAUCUUUGAGGCAAACUAUUCAAAAGAAUUUUUAAAAACUAGACUAUUGUAAGGAGCAAUUUUAGAUCCAUAACAAAAUUGAGAGGAAGGCACAGAGUUCCUAUAUACCCGCUACCCCACAUUUGCACAGUCUCUCUACUCUCAACAUCUUGGACUAUAGUGGUAUGUUUGUUGAAAUCAGUGCACCUUCAUUGAUACAUCAUCACACAAAGUCCGUAGUUUAUAUUAGGGUUCACUCUUGAUGUUAUACAGUCUAUGAGUUUUGACAAAUACAUGAAUGAUGUAUAUCUACCACACUUGUAUCAUCCAGAGUAGUUUCCCUGCCUUAAAAAUCCUCUGCAAAUAAAACCAUUUUAAAAGCUA